AUGGCUUCUAUCCCCACCACCACCACAUUCCCAAACACAGCUACUGUGCAACGGCCACACUAUCCCAUCGGCAUCCCCACGAAAUUCGAUCCGGAUGGUGUGGCGCAACGCUACCCUGGAAACACCACGGUGUGCCAUAUACCAGUGAAUUCGCCUCUCAUCGACGGGCUCAAGACGUUAUACAACAAGUUCGAGUCCCAUCCAACUCUCUCCGACCGCAUUCUCCUCUUACCGCCGAGCUCAUGGCACAUGACGGUUCUCGACGGCGUCCGUGAGACCGAGUGCGAGCCGGGCAUGUGGCCGGAUGGGAUGCCUAAACCCGACCUCGACGACUCCACGAAGGACCUCGCGUGUCGCCUGAGGCAGCUCGGCCCACGCCUAAGACAGGACGGCCUGGCACCGCCGUAUCGGAUGAGGGUCCGAAGCUUCGACCCUGCCACCGGCGGCAUUGCGUUGGUUGUCGAAGGCGCGACUGCCGACGAGGAAAAGCGGAUGAGGAGGUUGAGGGAUCUCCUCGCCGACACUGUAGGCUUCAAGGCGCCCAACCACGAUCAGUAUCUAUUCCACGUGACGGUCGCCUACCUGCUCCGGUAUAUUGAUGGCGACGACUACGAGCAGUUGCAGAGAGACUUUGCACGGCUGCUUCCUCCUCUCCAGCAGUUCGAGUUCGAGCUGGGCGCGGUGGAGUUUUGCACGUUUGAGACCAUGCUGGCUUUUCCCAGACUCUUCUAUCUCGGCGAGGAUGAGGAUGAGAAUGGAAGAGUUGCUCAAGCCUAG